AUGGGUUCCUCUCUCUCUACUUUAAACAAUGAACAAUUAAAAUCAAUUUCAUUGACUACAGAAAAUACUCCAAAAAUCAUUCAAGAAUUCAGAAAUGCUGACACCAACAAGACUGGAUUGACUUUAGACCAAUUUAAGACCUUCUUCCGUGCCUCAAUUCAAGAAUGUGAUGAUGCAACUUUACAAAGUAUUUUUGAUUCAUUUGAUAGUGACAAAAAUAAUCUUUUUUCAUUUAAAGAGUUUUCAAGUUGUAUUUUCUUGUUGACCAAAACCGAUACCAAUAGAAAAUUGGAAUUCUUGUUUGAGACAUUCGACGAUGAUAAUAGUGGUUAUUUAAGCACCGAGGAGUUAAAGAAUGUGAUUGAAGUAAUGAAUACUACCAUUAGAAUCAUUGGUGGUCAAGACAUUAAUGACCGUAUAGAUUCCCUUAUCGCUUCCAUGGAAAGAUCUGGUCCAGAGAAUGGAAUCUCAAAGACUGAGUGGGUAUCGAAAGCAAGUGCAGACCAAGCAUUGCUUUCUGCUUUUAAUUAA